UUUGGCUGUUAUGGAUGGAAUCAUUGCGAUCUUCAGCCGAUAUCCUUGUAGAUUUGAGGUGGGAUUCUGGAAAAUCAGGCUGGCGCUUUGCUCGGUUGUUGUCGCGUUUCGAAACGGAUCGAAUCUGAAACAGGGAGUGUUUGAGAGUUGUGGAGUUUGAGAAUCUUCAAAAUUGGCACAAGCAAUUUCACUUUGCACGUACCUCAUCAGGAGGCGAAAGUCUCGUUGAGUGAAAAUCAGAUUCGUGGCCCAGUACUUCUGGAAAGCCCAUUGCGAACACGCCCGAACCUGAUCCAUCGUGAAAUUGGCCACAAUGAUGUUGAUUUGUCGCGCUUUCCAAAAGGUGAACGAGGCGAUGCGGUCGAAGGCCUUAGCAAAGUGUUCGGGGUGCAGCAGAAACGUAAAAUACACGUUUUUGUAGUUGCACAGGUAGUUUUCCAAGGUUCUUCUGAACGUGGUGUUGUAGUUUUCUGAGCGCCGCUGCUGAGUCAGAUCGACGAUAACGACGGGCUGCGAUUGGUGGAAUGGCUUGAUCAGGGCCUGAACGGCAUGCGAUUCGGUGAAAAUGAUGAAAUUCCUUACGGGGGAUAUUUGGUGGAUGUUUUUCAGCAGCUCUGACUGUCUGAGGCUUGCAGCCAUGCAGCCAGCGCCGAGUAGUACCAGACAAAUGCAUCUUACGGCCAUUUUAUCGCGUGUGAAAAGUUUGAUGAAAAGUCGAUUUGGGCCUUGAAGUUAAGCACUUAAGCACAGGCGCUCAGUAAUGACUUCUGAGUUCACGCUAACAGCUUUCUGGGGGUUUUUGGGCGCAAAUUGCUUGAAUAUUUAAUAGCGAGUUAAUGUACGUUCGAGUGUUUAUAGAACUUUCCAGUGUAUGGAUUAGGCGAUUAUUAACAUCAAUAAACCCAAUGUUUAUGGGGACUUUUGAAAAUUUACAAAAGCAGUUGAGAAUGGCCCAGUUUCACUCCCCAAUCUUUUUUUUUCAAAUGCAGUGGACUUUGCGCUAUAUUUUAUAAGUAAGUCUAAUCUAAAGCAACUUAAACUUUUAAUUCCCCGUGAACAAUUAGCGUCAAUUGCAGGAUAGGCAGAUUUCACGGGAAUUAGAACUAAUAAAGCCGCUAAUAACGCCACAUUAUUCAAUAAAAGCCAAGGUUUAGAUUGUGUCUAAGCCCAGAAUCAAUCCCAGCUUGUUAGUGCUGUAAAAUGUCCUCCAAGCUGCUACUUUUGCUUCUUUUGGCCGUUUCCUCAAAAAGCGACGAUGAUGAUCUGGUGUGCGAACUCUCGGCCUGCCAGGCUUUGGAUAAAAGCCUCAUUUACCUCAAAGAAUUGGCGAAUCGCGUUGAGGAUGGCAACAAAACAAGCGAGUAUCUUACCGAGCUGGAGCGGCGGCUGCGCUCCUUAGAACAGCCUGUUUGGGAAAUAGCAAACAGCGAAACUAGGUGGCGGGACUGUGCAGUGGGGCCCUGCAAAUGCCAGCUCGAAACUAAAACUUUGAGCUGCUGGCAGAAGGACUUACCUCAACUGCCCUGUGAGCAACUGGUUCCUUACGACGUGCGGUCCAUAGACUUGGGAAUAAACGCCCUUACCACCUUGAGCAAAAGCACCUUUAUGGGCCUCACCCAUCUCACUGAGCUGGAACUCUUUGAUAAUCGCAUCGACUACCUGCCUCCUGAUCUGUUCCGGAAGCUCAGCAGCUUGGUCUACUUGCGCCUGCAGAUGAACAAAUUGGAAAACCUCCAUCCGGGCCUCCUGAAGGAGUUGUUCAGUCUACGGACUUUCGAUGCCUCCUCCAAUCAGUUGAAACUGUUAAAGCCCGGACUGUUCAGCGACACUCCCAACUUGAUUGUGCUGCAUUUAUCCACCAACGAGCUGAAAUUUAUUCCUGAUGGCCUGUUUAAUGGGCUGGAGUUGCUGGAGGAUCUGGAUCUGAGCCAGAACCUUCUGGAGCGCUUGUCCAAGUCAGCGUUUGCUGAUUUGACCGCCUUGCUUCAGCUGAAUUUGGCUGAGAAUAACAUCAGCGUGCUUCCAACAGGAAUUUUCGAUGAACUCCGCAACCUGCAGAUGCUCAACCUAAGGAAAAACCGCAUCAGCCACCUGUCGGAGCAUUUGUUCCUCAAGCUGCCCAAGUUAUUGAUCCUGCAGCUGACGGGCAAUCAAAUCAGGCAGAUCCAACCGCAGGAUUUCAUGCACUUAUCCAGCCUCCAAGAGUUGCACCUGGGCCGGAACCUCAUCGGCAGCGUGCCAGGAAGCGCCUUCAUCCAGAACAGGAGGCUGGACAAGUUGUUCCUGUUCUCCAACAAUUUGGAGGAGCUGCAAGCGGAGGCGUUUCAGGGCCUGGCUAAUUUGACCUGCUUGUUCAUCCAGAACAACAUCCUUCGGGAGAUUAGCGACAGGACUUUUCUGCCCACGCCCAAGCUGCUGAAGCUGCAAUUGGACAGCAACAAGUUCCAGUUCCUGCCCGCUAGGCUUUUCGAGCCUUUAACUCGACUGGUUUCUGUGAGGUUGGACAAAAAUCCCUGGCACUGUGACUGCAACAUUCUCUACCUAUCCAGAUGGGUUGAUGUCAAUGCGGAUAAGCUGAGGGACUUGGACUUGGCCUGUCGAGGCCCUGGCGACUUAGGAGGCCGCCUACUAAAGGACAUGAGCUUCGAUCAGCUAUGCAAAGGCCAGUGGGCCAGCAUGUUGAACCUCGCGGCCAGAGUUCCUGUUAAGGCCCCAGAGGAACGUUAGCUAAUGCGCGUUAUUUAAACAGGCAUCUUAUCAAAAUUCCUGCUAAAUCCAAAUAAUAACAGCCUAAUCCCCGAUAAGUAAUCGAUAGCCCGAUUAGAUUGAAAUGAAAAACAAUCACUGUAAUUAAUCAUAGCCAAAUAAAUGUUGAUUUGCUUAA